GUUAAAACUACAAGAUGAUGAAUUUUGGAAUCCACGUCUAUUGAUCGAUAAUGCGGAAGGUGAACCAAUUGAAAUUAUCAGUCAUGAAGUAGAAUUUGUUGAACCAGACUUUGAAGCGUAUCUUGUGGAGAAACGACGUAUUAAAGGUAUUUUUCAUGAAACUUUGGAAUUAAGACACUUUCCAUUUGAUUGUCAGGAUUUAUCAGUAACCAUCACAUGUGAUCGUACAAUUGACGAAGUGGAAUUAGUCGCUUCACCAACAGAAGUUAGUCAAGUUGAUGUAAGAUGUGCAGCUGAUAGUCAAGAAUGGAAAAUAUUUCAUCAUGUCGAUAUUAAAUCAAUGGAAAUUCAAACAGGUUAUAGCCCUGGUACAAGUAAACGUCGUCAUCCUGGUCUAGUGUUUACAAGUCGUUCAGCACGUCGUUCGGGUUAUUUUCUUGUCAAUAUGAUUUUAAUUAGUUGUGUAUUAUGUUUGCUGUCAUUUGCAGCAUUCUCUGUACCAGCUAAUGAGAAUCGGUUACAAUUAUCAUUAUUAUUAUUAUUAACUACGGUAACAUUUAAAUUUGCUGCAUCACAAAAUCUUCCAAAAAUAUCUUAUUUAACAUAUUUAGAUAAAGUUGUCUUGGUGAAUUUUUUCAUGCUUGUUGUUCUUACUGUAUGGCAUGCAAUAGCUCGUGCUGUAUCUGCUUCAAAACCAAAAUUUUUAGAAUAUGAACAUUAUGUUAUGUACAGUUUACUCAGUUGUUAUUGUCUUGGUUCUGUGUUAUUUGGGCUAACUGUUUAUUUAGAUG